AUGGCAACAUCAGCUAUCGAUUUGGAAGACUUCACUUGUACUAUUUGUCGUGAAAUAUUCGAAAAUCCUGUUAGUCUUUCCUGCUCACAUUGCUAUUGUCGAGAAUGUUUGGUUGGUCUUAGAACGCAACCAGCCUCACCUUUACCUUCAUCGGACAAGCCAUUAAUGCAACCUUUACCUUCAUCGGACAAGUCAUCAAUGCAGCCCUUGACUCGAUCAACUCAAGGAUCAGUUAUUUAUAGACCGAAAUUUUAUGAACCCAAUCAAUCUUUUGCAUGUGCUAUCUGUCGAACAGAAACAUUCGGAUACACAGAUUGUCGGGAUAUACAGGCUGAUUUGGAAACUCUCGAAGGAUUAUGUCCUAAUUGCAGAAAAAAUAUUAUGCUAUGCGAUUUACGAAAACAUUUGGAACAAUGUCCACCACAGCCAAAAGUCGGCGUUAAUGAUAUUUUAAAAACUUUUAACAUAGAUUUUUUCAGCAAACUAUCUCAACCACAAGCUGAAGCAUGCAAAAAAGCACGAUCUGGAGAAAAUCGUUCUACAUUUCGAUGUCCCUAUUGUACAAAAGCAAACUUUACUGUGGAACUUCUUUGUGCACAUAUAGAAGAAAUUCAUUUAGAUGAUGAUCCUCGUCGAAUUUGUACAAUUUGUGCAUCAAUGCCUUGGGGUGACAAAACUAGAGUAUCACAUAAUGUUUAUAAACAUAUUUACAAUCGUCAUCGAUUUAACUAUGAAAUAUUCGUCAAUUAUGAACAGGAUGAAGAAAGUAUGUUUGCUGAAGCUGUUCAACGAUCAAUGAUGUUCUACUAA